AUUCAUGCGCCGGGCUGCUGGAUCUCGCUCGUAGUAUUUUACGCGCAACCGGGUGGAAAGGCCGUCCGAGCCGCUAGGAUGAAGCUCGUGAGAUUUUUGAUGAAACUGAGUCAUGAAACUGUCACCAUUGAAUUGAAGAAUGGAACACAGGUCCAGGGAACAAUCACAGGUGUAGACGUCAGCAUGAACACACAUCUAAAAGCUGUGAAGAUAACCCUGAAGAACAGAGAGCCGGUGCAGCUGGAAACACUGAGCAUUCGCGGGAAUAACAUUCGCUAUUUCAUUCUGCCAGACAGCUUGCCUCUGGACGCGCCACUUGUGGAUGUUGAACCUAGGGUGAAAUCUAAGAAGAGGGAAGCUGUGGCAGGAAGAGGUCGAGGCCGAGGUCGAGGAAGAGAGCGUGGCCGCCGCAGAGGACGAGGGGGUCCCAGGUGA